UGUGACUGCCUCUGCCGUGCCAUGGCUCUAUCACUCCUUCUACUCAUCGUGCUGGCAGCAGCCGAUGGCUUUCGAAUUUCCAACCUGUUCCAGAAGCAGUCGGAUAAUAUUCUGGCAGUGCAGUGGCCUCCAAACGUCUGUCAGGUUAAAAAAUGGAGCGGCCCAGGUUGUGCCUUUGAUUACUGGACCAUCCACGGCUGGUGGCCCCUUCAGUCUACCGAUUUCAAUGGCGAUUUCAGCGUGACUGAAAUAGAGGAUCUCACAGACAACAUGGAGCAAGUUUGGCCACAACUGUCUGGCGAAAACAAUGAGGAAUUCUGGAAAUAUGAGUGGGAUAAACACGGAAAGACUGCGGGCUUAGCAGUACAUGACUACUUCGAGAAAGCACUGGGCUACUUCAACAAAGUUCUCGGAAACUGCACUAACCCUAAGGAAAUUUCAAGUUGCUUAAGAGAAAAAGGAGAAGUAAAGGAAUAUCAAUUAGUCAAGGAACCCCUCGAAGGUGGCAAACGUGUGAUUGAACGGUGUACUGUAAAUGGAUGUAAUGCACUCACGGAGACCAAAGGAAACAGUGAUAUAUCACUCAGGAGGAGAAGACGAGGCCGUGGCAGAUCCAUCAGGAAGAACAGGCGAAGGCGACGCAGAAGAGGCCGGAGGAACAAACACAGGAGACGUGGAUUGGGCCGGAAGAACAGACGAAGGCGACGUAGAUCAGGCCGGAAGAACAGACGAGGGCGACGUAGAUCAGGCCGGAAGAACAGACGAGGGCGACGUAGAUCGGGCCGGAAGAACAGACGAGGGCGACGUAGAUCAGGCCGGAAGAAUAGACGAGGGCGACGUGGAUCACACAGCGGGAGCAUUGAACACCACUCUGGAUCACACAGCGGGAGCAUUGAACACCACUCUAGAUCAGACCAGAGCAAUGAUCAGGAAGAAUAUUAUAUUGUGGAAGCACGGCUGGUUCUCCCUGGCAACCUCAUCUAGCUGUCCAGAAAUCAGAGGAAGCAAACCGCACGCACGCUCAAUGAAACAGUGACUGCAAAUGCUCAGCUUCAGACUGUGGGAUGGGAGGGAGAUAGA